CUUCCGCUUUCUUCCCCCUUCGGGCGUCUGCGUGAGUUCCUCCGUGACUGUUUCGGCCCGCUUUCCUUGGGGUAGGUGAAAGGAGCAAGGCCGGCUGCUUUAGCGCUCCAGGCCCCGGACAGUGGCCGGGAAAGCUCCCGAAGCCCCCAGAGUGAGUACCCCUAAAGGCAGGAGGCUAGAGGUCUCCUAACUCAGCAGUUUCUUGUACACUGAUUACCAUUGACACCAGAUCGGGAUGAUUGAAGUGGUUUGCAAUGAUCGUCUGGGCAAGAAAGUGAGAGUCAAGUGCAACUCUGAUGAUACCAUUCGGGACCUGAAAAAGCUAAUUGCGGCCCAGACUGGAACUCGGUGGGACAAGAUUGUGCUAAAGAAAUGGUACACAAUUUUCAAGGACCAUGUGUCACUGGCAGACUAUGAAAUCCAUGAUGGCAUGAACCUAGAACUAUACUAUCAGUAAUUUGGUUGUGGUAGAUUUCAUAUCUGUCAUGGUCUCUUUUCUUUUUUCUUCAUUUCUAAUUUCAUUGAAAGUGUCAAUGGCUUGUUUAGUUGCAUGAAUUGUGGCUAGUAAUAUUUUUAUCCCUUAUGGCAAUAAACUAGAAGAUAUCUUCUCAAACUGUGUGUUUUUUAAAAAUACAAAUGUUUAUAAUAAAUGUGAUAUAACAACA